UAGUAAUAAUAAUGAGUAUGCACCAUAUUUCGCAUGAACAAUUUAUUUAAUAUUGUAUUUUAGUUGUACGUGCAUACGUAUGCAUACAUACAAUCUGCAACAUACUUCCACAUGAUGACUUUUACGUGAUACGAUGUGUAAGAUUUGUAUGUCGCGAUUUGUCGUAAACAUGAUUUAUGAAUAUAUGUAACAUGUAAACAAUGUGAAACAAAUUUUUGAACAUUCAAACGUUUUGAAAUGUACACUCUUUUGCAUGGGCUGUACAAGUAUCUUGUGCAAAAAGAUGAAUAUUUCAUAUUAAUAUUAGGACUCGACAAUGCUGGAAAAACGACAUAUUUAGAGGCGGCAAAAACAAAAUUUACAAAAAAUUACAAGGGUAUGAAUCCCAGCAAAAUCACAACAACUGUUGGUUUAAAUAUUGGGAAGAUAGAUAUUGCUGGUGUUCGCUUUAACUUCUGGGACCUUGGUGGACAAGAAGAACUCCGAUCAUUAUGGGAUAAAUAUUAUGCAGAGUCACACGCAGUAAUUUACAUAGUCGAUUCGUCAGACCGUGAAAAAAUACCUGAUUCUAAAGAAACAUUUGAUAGAGUUAUAUCUUCAGAACAUCUAAUAGGUGUACCUCUCUUAGUAUUAGCAAAUAAGCAAGAUGUGCCUGAUUGUAUGGGUGUUAGGGAAGUGAAACCAAUUUUUAAUCAAAAUGCACAUUUGAUUGGUCGAAGAGACUGUAUGGUAAUGCCUGUAUCUGCUUUAAAUGGGGAUGGUGUAGAUGAAGGAAUUCACUGGCUUGUAGACUGUGUGAAGAGAAACAACGAUGUUCGACCACCACGAAAUCAGAAUGAUAAUUGCUUGUCUUAAUAUCACAUUCCUAUUUUAUUUUAAUAUAUAGAUUAAUUUGUAAACAGUAUUUUACCAUAUAAAUUGUGUACAUUUGUAUUAGAAACGAUUACCUUUUUACCAAUAAAUUUUCUUUUCUAAUCGAUA